CCGGUAUAAGUGAUAACACACUCUCCCGGUGGAUUGUCUAGCGGAAUUGUGAGUUGGACUACACGGUUCGAGUGUACGCGACUUCUCGACGAAAGCUUCGCUACACAAUCUGUGAUGGCGCACAAUGUCGCUCCCGGGCGAUGGGCUACGGCCUGCCAGCUAACCACUUUAGACAUCCAUCAAAUGCCUCGCUAUGCUUCAGGGACAGAGAGAGAGAAAAAGAAAGAGAGCAAACUCUCGUAGCAAACGACAUUAUCCUAACGACAGGUAACGCGACGCUUUGACGGGCACGAUACCUGGAUACACAUCCCCUGCGCGCAGAGAAGGUGAAAGUCACAUUCCGCUGCAAUCAACUACGAAUGGCGGCCCUAACCGGAUUUGUUUGCAGCUGGUUCCGAAGUGAUGGCAGUGGCGUUUUGUGUCAAAUGCAAGAUCCCGCCAGAUCCAAGAUCCAUCUAAUUGUGUUGAGGGAUAGCGAAGAGCCGACCAACCAACGACUGCCGGAGGCGAUGAUCUUAUGCAAUGCACCGCGGAUGUCAACGGACGGUAUUGGCUACACCAUUUCCACUAACCAAUCUGAAAAGGCCAUUGCGCCAUUUCGGGAGGAAGUGCUUGUCUCUUGUGGUGGGUGUGUGUGUGUGGCGGUGACUUACGACGAUCGCAGCACUUUCUCGCGUUAUCCAUGUUUGGGAAUGGUGAGCUCUUGGACUCCAGGUGUCGGCUUGUUGGUUGUUCAACAAUUGAGCAAGGGUCGAUCGGGUUGUGGACGACCUGUACAAAUUUCCUGCAGCAGUCGGAACUGUUGUCAUGUUUUGCGUUUUGGUUGUGCAAUCUUCGGUAACUCCAUGCUAUCGUGCUAUCGGUAUUGAUCCGUUAUCAUCAGGGCCAUCUGUCAGCGGCUGGUGAUGAUGGCAAACCUGUCAAGACAACCGUAUGUAUCAAUCAGCAGACGACGCUGCUCCUGCCAUUGAUAAGACGAUUAAUUGAUGAUGAAGAGAGGACACCUCGUGAGCGAUGCGCAUGGGUCUUCGGCGAAUGUGGCAUCGGAAUACUCGACAAAACCCCGACGAAUGUUUGGUGUGCUGGGAAGGUUAAAGACACUCACGACCGUACUUUAUCCACUUCCGCCAUCAACUGCCAGUGAUGAUUGACUUCCCGUAGUGGCGUAGAAAUCACUUUGGAAUCACUUUUUGAUGAGCUUUCGUGUCGAGGGAUACAGAGCUCUAUAGAUCACCACCUCCAGCGUGGUGAGGUUUCGUGAUCGCCUGACGAUUGACCUCGUUUGGGCACUUGAAUCCACAGAGGGGAUUCAAUCACCUCGAUGUCUGAGGAAACGCGCAGGAGUACGUCCACUUGACGUCACCGAACCCCGGAGACCUACCUCUUGUAGCAAACUGAGCCUUCAGCACAGUGCACCUUCCCCGCAAGAGGUACGAUUGCGUCUAGGUACUCUUCGCAGAGACUUCGCCAAAAGUGCGCGUGCAUGGAACCAUAAACCAUCAGGUUCCUCCGAAUUAUUUCGCGCGCUCUGGCAUGGUUUUCAGCGUGCACACAGGUCACGCCACAGAGUCGUUAUUCGGCUCAGACGUGCAUCUGUAGUGUGAACGGCGUGUUUUGCGUUAAUGCGUAACCGCGUCUCCUGUCCGUGCGUCCGUCCGGUCACGUCCGUUAAUGUCUCCGGGACCUACACCACCGGACGAAACGGUUUUGGUCGAUCCAGCUCCGGGUGUAUUAUCGCAACCGCGGUGUCAUGCUCUUUAGCAGCACACACGAAACAUGCUUUCCCACCCAAAACGUGCGCGGGUGCGUGGACAUGUCGCGCAGGAAAAUAAAGAAUUUUCCGAACAAAAACAGAAUCGCUUCGCCGAACGACGAGCGGCCGGGUAUAAAAUGGAACAGUCGAGCAGUUUCUGGAAUUCAGAGGUUCAUCGGAACACACCAUGAUGGGUAUCAUCACGACGACACGAGGAGCUAUCUGCUUGAUGGCCGCUGUGAUGGUGAUCAGCUGUUCACCGUCCUCCGGUGCUCAAGUGCGACACAAUUGCCCGAAAAAAUGUCCUGCGAAUGAGGUGCUCCUGUGGUGUCCACCGGUGUGCGAACCAACCUGUGAUAUUGACUGCGUACCAACGCCUAGCGGUGAUCCGAUCGAGACGUGUGUCUGCAAGCCCGGUUAUGUGCGGCACCAGGGUCAGUGUAUUCGGCGGUGCGACUGUCCACCGAAACCGACCACUCCGGCACCUUUCUGUGCACCCUGCUCGGCACUAGCGCCCGGUGGCAGUGGAGAACGGCAGCAUUAUGUCCCACCGGUCAGUAAUUACUAUCCAGGUCACCGGCAGCACUAUGCUCCGAAACCGGAACUGGAAAGCUCCGGGGUGCCAGAAUCGUACUCGAUCACCUCGCAAUCGCAGAACCUGUCCAGCCAUUCCAACUACCUGUACCGGCGGCCUGGACCCAACAAACCGUGCCCUCCGUUCCGUGGUCCAACGACGACCGUUUCACCGUUCGAUUUCUGUCCACCGAACGAGGUGAGCACCCCUUCGCCGAUCUGCUGCGAACCGACCUGUACGAAGUCGUGUGCGGCCGUCCAGUGCAGAACGGAUCCACCGACCGGACCGCAUGUCUGUACGUGUGCCAGCGGGUUCGUCCGGUAUGGCAAGAAAUGCAUCCGACCAGAGGAGUGCCCAGUGGAAGAGAAACCCAAGUUCUGUGGACCGAACGCUUACUACAGCCCGUGCACACCGUGCUGCCAGCCGACGUGCACCGAGGAUUGCAGCCGGAUCCGGUGUAUCGCUGCUUGCUCCGGUCCACCGACCUGCGUGUGCAAUCCCGGCUACGUCCUGCACGAGGGUAACUGCAUUCGACCCUCGGAAUGUCCGGGCAAAUGUCCAACGACAACAACGCCACGACCAACACCGACGACCGAAUCGCCGGUUGAUGAACCAUCGCCGUGUUGUCCACCCGGGGCCACACUGCGCCCCUUCCGGCCGUGCUGCGUCGAUAGCUGCACGACCGAUUGCCGAACGGUGCGAUGCUUCGAGCAGUUCAAGGGACCACCGACGUGCGUGUGCGAGUACGGGCUGGUGAUGCACAACAAUUGCUGCAUCCCGCGCGAAUUGUGCCCCAAACCGUGUCCACUGACGACAACAACGCCGCCGCCGUCGCCGCCCUGUGACGGUGAUGGUGGCCGUCGCGGUGCUGGUGGAUACCAGCGCUUCUAUGGUAUCUCUCGUCAAUAAAGAGGAACAGCAUCAUCUCGCGAUGCUUUUAUUUAUUUCUGAUAACAAAUUACAGUACUGAGUUGGGUUCUUCUUUUUGGCAAAUUCCGAUUACUUCACGAAGAUUUGUGUCCGGCUGGCCGUAUGCUUGUUGUUUGUGCUCCUUUCACUCUG